AUGUUAGGAAACUUAAAUAUUAAAUGUGACUUUUGGGAUAAGGGGUGUCGAAAAGUGGUCAAACUCGAGGACCUCAUACAACACACCGCCAUCUGUGAGCACAAUGAGGCAAACCGUCUGAAGACGUGUGACGUAUGCUAUUGUGACAAAACACGUGAUCACGACUGCGUCGAAGCGCUACUGGAGGCCAAGUGUAGCGCGAAUGACGAAAUAGAUUUGUUAAAGCGAACGGUGAAAGAGUUGAAAAUCUGAUGAAAAGUUCAGCUUGUUAAAAAUGGUAUUGGAAAUGAUGGUGACGGACAAUAUAUUGAUUAAGCAACUUGUUGGAGCACACAUUUUAACAAAGUUAUCAUUUAACAAAACUUUAAAGCGUUUAUCACCAAGUAUAAAUGCCAUGGUUAAAUACCUUGAUAUUAUUGAUGAGAGAAUUUUGACGGUUACAUCGGAUACAGUAUUGGAAAGCAUUUGGGCCGUAAUGUGGAAUAUUACUGAUGAAUCGGUUGCUAAUUGUCAACAAUUUAUGGACAAUAGAGGUAUGGCACGAUUUACUCUAUGUAUGGACUUAUUUACUAAUGAUAAAGAAUUAAUUGAUAAUAUGCUGGGUAUGUUAUCAAAUGUUGCUGAAUGUGACAUGCUCAAAACACAAUUAUUAGCAAAAGAUUAUGUGAAACGAUUUGUAAAACUUUUAAGCAAGGAGAAUUAUGGAUAUUUAAUUAGUUGCAAGGCUGCUGCAAUUCUUACCAAUUUAGCUAUAAUUGGGAAUGAUAGAUGGCAAAGAGACAUCACUAGUGAUUGCCAGCGAAACAUUGUACUUGGUAAGAUAAAUACCGAGAUAAAUGGUUGGUUAAUUAAUUCAGAAAUGCGUUCCAACUAUAACACCAUGCGACCUAUAACGCGAUUAUUGAAAUCAAACAUACCUUCCGAUUGUUAUAUAUGGCCAGUGUGGAGACUUGCUAAUUGUACCAGGGUUAACAGCUCAAAAUACUGUUCACUAUUGAGAACCGAAAAUGGAUUACAAGUAUUGGAUGAUCUCAUUAAGAGGUCAGAGGUUACCAGAACUGUCAAACUUUAUGCCUUAUUAAUCCUAUAUCACUGCGAUUUGGCUACGAGUGACCCUGAUAAAAUGAAGCGACUUGAAUCGAGCGACAGUAUGGUUGUACCUGCUGAAUUUUUGAGACGAAAAUCGAUUAAAAUUUAAUUAAUUGUAUAAUUUUUUUAAUUAAAUUUUUUUGAUACACUGAAAAAGA